AAAAUUGAAAAACAGCGUUCUGUCGCUUUCGGUCUUUUGCAAGCAAGAUCUCUUGUCUGUUUCCCCGUCCGUUUGCUCGUCAGCUGCAUUCGAAAUCGCAUCGGCCAGUGGUUUAUCAUUGUCGUCGCUUUGGUGCUGCUUUAGUGGUGUGUCAUCGAUUCUGAAACUGAUUUCACGCAGUGACAUAAAACCGAAGAAGGAUGGCAAACAAAAUUGAGGAAGUGAAGACAUCGAUCGAAACGUCUCUGAAGGACGAAUCGAAACCAUGGACGCAGGUCUUCAAGCUUGCCGAGGAGAAAACCGGAUGCCCGAGGCUGUACAUCUUCUUGGGUGGCGUUGCGAUCAUCGUACUCUAUCUGGCCUUCGGCUAUGCUGCCCAGAUCCUGUGUAAUGCCAUCGGUGUGGCUUACCCAGCCUACAUCUCGAUGAAGGCCAUCGAAACCCGCACAAAGGAGGACGACACCAGAUGGCUCACCUACUGGGUGAUCUACGGCGUUCUGUCGGUGUUCGAGCAUUUCUCGUUCUUCCUGGUCCAGAUCAUUCCCUUCUACUGGCUGCUCAAGUGCAUUUUCUUCGUCUGGUGCAUGGUGCCAAUUGAAAACAACGGAUCGGUCAUCAUGUACCACAAAGUUAUUCUGCCAUACUUCAAGAAAUACGAAAAAUCCGCCGAUGAUUUGAUCGGACAAGCCACCGACAAAAUUAAGCAGGUGGCUGGUGAUGUGAUCUCCAAGAAGCUGUCUUAAGCAAUCAUGUGCUAGUGAUAAAACCAAUUCAAUCUCUAGUUUAGACAUAUUUUUCGUCAGUUUUUAAAGAAUUUUGUAGAAGAUCAAUUUCACCCUGUGGGUAUAGAAAACCACAUUCUUUUCUUCGCGCACUCUUCUAGACUUUCAUUUGGUGCAGGCUUUUUAUCAUGCUUAUUUAAAAAUUUAAAGUAAAACAAUAUGACAUGAUUGCUUGUUAUUCAUCCAGCACGCAGCUACCUGUAAAAAUUUCAAUCAUGCCUUAUCCGCCACAGAUUUUAAAAAUUUUGAAUACAAAGUGUAACAGUUUGCCAUAUUGAUUCGAAAAAAAAGUUUUAUCGGGAACAUAAUCAAACAACGACAAUGCAAUUAAAUCGACAUCUGCACUACAACGACAGGUUAUGUCAGUCAUGUAACGUACAUUAAACUGUAGUGAAAAGACAAAAAACAUAUGAUGGUGCAUGUGUUUAAAAGACAACGUCUGUAUUAAAUAAAUGGAGAAACUACUCUAGGUGAAAUGGAAUAAAAA